GUCAACUGUCACUUCAAACUGUCAGUGCCAGAAGUCAGAACCAGUUAAAAACAAUUUGCUUUUCUUUUUCGUUUAUUCGAUCUGUGCUAAAAAGAUAAAGCCAGCUGAUAUUAUCUUGUGUACAAACACUUCGCCAUGAAAUUGUUUUAAAUUAGCACACAAUUUCAAAGAAAGAAAACAAGAUGGAUGUUCCGAAAAUUGAGAAAACUAAAUCACUUGCGCCCGAUGUGGCCGUGAGUGCUGUGUUAGUACCUAGCCAGGAGUUGCCUGCGGAAACACCAACAGUAGCUGGCUAUGACUGGGAGAAUGGCACCGAUUAUAACAAAAUACUUGAGAGCUACGCGCGCUCCGGCUUCCAAGCAACCAGCUUCGGGAAAGCCGUCACAGAAAUCAAUAAAAUGUUAAAAUGUCGAUCCAUACCUCUCACUGAAGAAACAUGCGAUCCGUAUGAGGAAGACGUAUUCAUAAAGAAGAAGACGAACUGCACGAUUUUCUUAGGAUACACAUCGAACAUGAUUUCAUCGGGUUUGCGUGAUACGAUACGAUUUUUAGUUAAGAAUAAGCUUGUUGACUGUAUUGUGACUACGGCUGGCGGUGUGGAAGAAGAUUUUAUUAAAUGCCUUGCUCCAACCUAUGUAGGAGACUUUAAUUUAAGUGGUAAAAUAUUAAGAACAAGAGGUAUAAACAGGAUUGGCAAUUUAUUAGUACCAAAUGAUAACUAUUGCUUAUUCGAGGAAUGGGUGACUCCGUUGCUUAAUGAAAUGCUCGAUGAGCAGCUACAGGACAGUGCUGUGUGGUCACCGUCAAGGAUUAUAGCGAGAUUAGGUGAAAGAAUCAAUAACGAGAGCUCUGUGUGCUAUUGGGCAUGGAAAAACAACAUUCCGAUCUUUAGCCCAGCAUUAACCGAUGGGUCGUUAGGUGAUAUGAUGUAUUUUCAUUCAUAUAAACGCCCAGGGCUCAUAAUCGAUAUAUUGGGAGACCUUAGACGAGUUAACACUAUGGCAGUCAAGGCAAACAAUACUGGUGUCAUCAUACUAGGUGGAGGUGUAGUAAAGCAUCACAUUUGUAACGCCAAUCUGAUGAGGAAUGGGGCUGAUUAUGCUGUAUACGUAAAUACUGCCAGUGAAUAUGAUGGUAGUGAUUCUGGGGCGAGGCCAGAUGAAGCGGUCUCAUGGGGCAAGAUCAGACCAAAUGCAACACCAGUCAAGCUAUAUGCGGACGCGACGUUGGUGUUCCCGCUACUUGUAGCUCAGACAUUUGCGAAACAUCAUUUUAGCAAUAAAAAGAAUGUGUAAAUAAAA